ACGCCAUGGCCUGGGGUGGUUGGUGGAGCGGGGCGUGGUCUUCCGACGGCGACUGGCGGUCCUCCGCCUGGGCCUCCGACAGCGGUUGGCGGAGCGCCCGGCGGUGGCCCUCCGCCUCGAGCAGCAGGGCCGCUGCCGCGGAGGUGAAGUGGCGGCUGAAGCACUGGUUCGGGGGCGUGCGCCAGGGGCUCCCAGAGCAGCCGGGCCCGCCGCUGCCAGAGGAGCCGCCCGCGCCUGGACCGUCCGAGGCCGAGCAGUCCAUGGAGCUGGAGCUGGCGAGCCGCGCGCCGCCGCGCGCGGAGGAGCAGGGGCGGUUUCCCAUCGCUGGCCGAGCACUGCUUCUUUCCGCCAUCAACGAGCGGAUCGAGGUUCUCCUUGGGCGCCGCGCCCCCCCGAGGGGGCCCCCGACGCCGAUGCAGCCUUGCCCUUGGUCGCCUUUGGGCGUGCCCGACACCGCGGCCGACGACUUGCGCACUCUCCUGGUGUUCAGCACCUCUGAGCCGUGGAUCCACGGCGAGUCGGCCGCCCCGCAGCUUCUCCUCGGGCCCUGGUCGGAGUGCGGGGCGCCGCCGUCGCUCGAGCACGCGCCUCCGACGCCGUUGCUCGCGCUGCCGCCCGCCCCCGACGCUGGCCAGGAGAUGUCGACGGGGCCGCCUGGCGCUGUCGGCGGCCAAAUCCCCAUCGCGACGAUCGCGGCCCAGUCUGGUGCUGCCGCGCGCGCCGGGGCUGCUGCUUCGUCGUCAGGGCCGCCUGCUGCGGCGCCGCUCGUGGUGGAGGGCUCCGACACGGAGGCGGACACGGAGGUGGACAGUCCGGCGGGCCCGCCCGAGCCUGCGUCGAAGAGGCGCGUCGUCCGAGACAGCGCCGAGGCCGAGGCCUUCGCGUCGCUUGCGGCCGACUGGGAGACUGCGCACCAGAGAACGAGUGGCGCUGCAGCGCGCGCCGUUGCAGGACAGGCCCGCCGCAGAGCUGCCAGAGCCUUCGCGACCGCGGAGGUGCCGCGCGGGAGCCCAGGGGAGCCGCUCCACUUCGAGGAGGUGUCCAUCCACGUUGUGCUGCCUGUACCUGUGGUGGGCACGCCCGUGGGGUACUGUCGCAUGCAGGACGACCACCUGCAGCUCAAUGCAGGCGGCAAGUACCAGCGGCCGUGCGUUGUCGUGCAGGGGCUCUGGAAAACGGGGACGCACGCCCUCCACAGUUACAUGGAGCGGCACUUCGACGUCGAGGUGCGCAAGAGCAGGUGGGACGGGUGCGUCUCCUUCAACGGCCGCCACGUGUGGAAGCACGACCUGCUCCUCACGCCGUUGGAGUUUCCGCCAGAGGAUGAGCAGGGCCGCCCAGUGGCGGUUCUGGUGUGCACGCGCGAGCCGACCAGGUGGAUCAGGGCGAUGUCGAAGGGCGCCUACGAACUGAUGCCGAACUCUGCCAGCGGCACGAAGCGGGUUCGGAGGAUGGGGGGCGUGAGUUGGCUCUUGCGGGGGCCGAGAGACGAACCUGUGCACGUCCGCUGGCCCGCCUGGGCGAAAGGCCGCGUCGAUUACGAUCCAGAGUUCGAGGAUGCGUUCGACUUGUGGUGCCACUACAUGGCCGCAGUGCUCCACGGUACUGGCGUGGGCAGCCCGGCGUCUCCAACCCAUCGCGUCCUCGUCGCGCGGCACGAGGACCUCGUGUGCAGGCCCGAACUCGUGCUGAAUGAGCUCGUCAGGGCUGGCCUGCAAACCAAGGGGUUGCCGUUUCAUCCAGAGCGCAGGCUUCUGGGGGGCCACCACGCCGACAAGGGGCGGGCGGUGGAGGCGCUGAGGGAGGAGGUGCAAACGCCAGUGACCCUGGACGAUCAGAUGGUCGAUUGCAUGGUGUCGAGGGCUCAACGGUACAAAGGCUUGUUUGCCACUUGCUGGUACCCGCCCGCCGACGGCAAACUUCCAGUCGACCACGUGAGCGUCGAGGAUGUUUAUAAAGUUUGCGGCAGGCGCGGCCUGGUGCCUCUGGGCGCGGCUGCCGCUGCAGCUCGUCGGGCUAGGGGCGAUGCGCGGCUCCAGCUGGACAUGGAGCUGCAGGCGCAGAUGGCCACGCACAAGUUGGACAAUGCCAAGCGACAGGUGGACGUGAUGGGGGAGGGGCAGGAAGCGCCUGGGACAGAACACAAUUGGUUGGUUAUGCAUCUGCAGUGGGGCGAAACCAAGUUCACUGUGCAGCUGAACGACGGCAAGCCUCCUUGUGGGCAGCAAGUGAUGACACAGCACGGCGUGUUGCAUUGGGAAGACGAGGACCUCCGCGUCCACAGCCAAGAGCUUAUCUUCCCACCGUCCGUGCUGGAAUCUGCAACCGCCGACUGCAUGCUCGGAGGCCUCGCGCGGGCGUUGCGCGUGGAUAUGGAUGAGCUCUGGCCGUCGGCGCUGCUGGCGUGCUUGUCCCCGAGCGUCGAUUCUGUGGCCGCAAACGGGCUGGUGUGCAAAUAUUUGCUGCAGACGUUGCCCUGGUGGGUCCUCCUGUUGCCUUCUUUUUGUUUGCAGCAUCAAACCGCAAUAUGUUUGCAGUCGGUCGGGGACAUGACGGGGGUCGUCGGCGGCAUGUUUUCCACUGUCAGACACUUGCAAACAGGGGUCAACUUGCGGGCCCUCGAGACAGCUCUGCGGCAAAUCCUGUCGGACGAGGAGGCUGGUCUGGAGGUGCGGCGGGGCGCGCCGAAUCCAGCGGGCAGGGGGAAGCUCGACGCGCUGCUCGGGUAUUGCGACCGCCAGAUGGAUGAGGACGUGGAGGACGAGGAGGUGACAGCGGCGCGCGGCCAACGUAGAGGCCUCACCAAGCCAGAGGUCGACUUGAUCAAGGAGAUGUUCACCGGCGACAUGUCUCAAGAGAGGCCUGUGCACCAUUGCAGGGGCCGCGACUGCUGCGCGAACAGGCAGGAGUCUGUCGACAGAGCGGUGGCGGCGGUGAUGGUUCCUUUGCGCAGGCGUUUGGCAGUGCCCGCGUUGAACCGCUGGAACACUGUGCAUCCCACCGCGUGCGUCAUGCUGCUGUUGAUCUCCUUGCAUGGAUUGCUGCCGUGUGCGCUCGAGAAGACGUGCGGCGCUGCUGCGCGCGCCAUGCGGCGGGAAGAUGGCGGCCUCGAGAGCGGCAGCGGCGCAGCGGGCCUGGGGGAUUUCAGGCGUGAACAGCGUGUUCGCACCGUCAAGAUGAUGAGGUUUCUCUCCGAUCUACUUGCGCGGCAACGGCUGGUCCUGUGGGUGGCCGUGGCCGCCGUGGGGGUGCGAUUUCAUUACGCAUGUUUCAAACGUGGGUCUUUGCAUGGCUGGCUCGACCCCAAGGGGUCUGCGCUGUCGUCAUUCUGCAAGAGCGUCGUCUUUGACACGCUCGCUCAGCUGAGCUCAGCCUUUGACCCCGCUGCAGCUGGACAUUACGAUUUGUGGAGAUUGCCGCUUGCCCUGCACGGCCCCCUCGCGUCCUGGCCCGGCGAGGUCCUCCGCGAAGCAGACGCCAUCGUCCACGUAUUCACUGGGUCCUUUUAUCGUCGUUUCGACAUUCGUUUGAGCGGUUACCCAUGGAGGCUCAUGCGGCUCGUGGACGCCUCCCUGGACAUGGGGGCCCGCCGCGCAGAAGGCGAAGAACUCUUUCGGGCAAACGAGUGUUGCCUGGACUCGGGGUUCUCCUUGAGGCUGAGGAAGAUGUGCACCACGGGCGUUGACGACCUUUUCCUGCCAGAGGUGCAGCGCUUUCUCUCCGCAUGCUUUAGGUACGCGAUGGCCUCGACGUACGAGCGGCGUCUGUAUCUACAGGCGGCCGCGGACUGGCGGGCUGCAUCCGAGGCCGAGAGGCGAAGCUGGAGAGAGGCGGCUCGGCGCGCGAACAAGGCUGAGAGGAUGAAGCCAGACCCGCUGCACGAGUACGUGCGCAUCUGUCGCGACCACGUUGACCAGUCGGACGAAGCUGCUUGGCCUUGGGGUCUCGGCUCAGACGAGUUCCCCUUGUCCGAGGACCUUGUCUCCGCAGCCGUGCAAGCACAUGUCGAUGCGAAGCUGAAGAGGGGAUCCUUCGUGGAAGCCACGGCCGUGUCGUUUGACGAAAUGUACAAUGCUGCUGUGGCGCCUCCAGGACUCAUUCGCUGCGGCCUCCCAACUGAGCGGCCUUGCUGCACGCGCGCGGCAGAAUGCCUUGGCGGCGUCGCCGACUUGCGGGGGGAGUACCAAGGCGUAGUGGAAGAUUUGCGGUUGUUGGUGGCCCCUGCGAGGUGCAAGACUGUCGGGAAGAUGCUGGCCCCCCAAGUUUCAGGGCCUGGAGGCUGUGUGAUGAUUCGCAACUUCUCGCACUUGAAAAGUCCUAUUUUCACGGGGGAGUUCUGCGAGUGCGACGCGGUGGGGCAGCCAUGCGGGCUCGGCGCGGCGCCCCCCGAGGUGCCAUUCUCUCUGCGCCGGUGUUGGGUGGAGAGGAAGGGCCGCAGAGUGUUGAAGAUGAUGACUGAGAUCGACGUCGCCCUCCACAUCUUACGCGUGUGCGGGCGCGACCGGGCUGAGCUGCGCUGGGUCGAACUUCUUGCGCGCCCGCGCAUGGGUUGCUCAGAGCUGCAGCAUUCGGUCGAUUGGGCGGAGGAGCGGGACUUACACGAGGCACGCCUCCACGAGAAGGACGUUGACCUGGCGACGGGCUGGUUCCAGGCGUUCGCCGACUCCCGCCCUGGCGGGGCUUCCGCCGACGGGGGGGGCAGCGGCGCGCGUGGCGGGGAUGAGGAGCCUGACUACGCGAAGGAUUGGAAGGCCGCUUGGGGGGCCGCCGCCGCCUGGCGGCAGAGAGGUCGCGGGGCGCAGGGUGCAGCAGAAGGCGCGCCUGCGGAGGCGCCUCCCGCAGCAGCGCCGGACGCCGCUCUGGCGCACGGGCCGCUGGGCGGCCACGCCGCGGCGGCGGCGCCGCCGCCGCCCCCCGCGGGCGCGCCGAGGCGCCCGCGCGUCGCCCGAUACCCGCAGCUCCCACAUCCCGCUGGGGCUGGCCGUCCUCACUACAUUCGCCUUGUCGAGAACGAGGCCCUCGCCGUCUACGACAUGCGCGCCGUCUGUGGCCUCCAUCCAGGCUGUUCAUGGAACCAGCAAUCGAGGGUCAGACCAUUGGCCGCUUUGUGGUGGUGGUUGGGGGAGGCCCCUGGAUGCGGGAGCAAGGCAGACCAUAAACAAAAGGUGCCCACGCCAGCGCAGAUCGCCGCUGCUCGCGCGGUCCUCGAGGGCAUGCCCGAGAGCCAGCCUUGGAGGGACUCGGAGGAGAGCGCCUCGCUGCCCGCCGCCGCGCCCGCCCCCUCGCUCCCCGCGAUGUCCCGCGCGGAGACGGUGAAGGCAUCGCCUUCCGACACCGACGGGGAGACGGAGAAAGCGCCGUCUCUGGCCUCGGGGUUGCGGCGGGGCCGCAUGCUGCACGGCCUCGAGGUCGCCUUCGCGGUGGUUGGCCAGUGGGCUGGCUAUCUGGUGAAACCUUUCAACAAGAAGGAUGGUUCCAGCUUCACGCGCGGUCUCUGCGCCCACGAGAGCACGGACCCGAGCCCGUAUCCCCAGGCGAGUAACGAGGACGAGUUCGGCGGAUACUGGCCGUGGAAGUACCGCACCGACCAUGGCAGCAUGAUCCGCCAGGCCACGGGCUAUUUGUGCCUGGUUUGCAAGGCCCUGUUGCGCAAGAAGGCGGUGCUCUUGGACCCCCACUUGCCUGGCGGCGAGAAGAAGCCGCUGAAGGAGUACAUCAAGUGGGUGCGCCAGGAUGCGGGCCGGGCGCAGACCGUGCGGCUCAAGGUGGAUGCGUACGUCCAGAGCCAGGCGGGGAAGGACCCAGAGAAGCGCCGCCGCAUGUCCAGGCAGGCCGCGGGAGACAUCCAGCAGGCUCGCCAGGUAUCUUCCGUCAAGGUCUCCGGGCGUCGCCUGUCUGCGAACUGGCAUCAAGCCUGCCCCGUGAGCAAGUGGCACGAGGCUUUCCCUGAGACGCCGCUGCCCACGGACCCGAAUUGUCGCGGCGAGGAGCUCAUCGACGGCGCCUGGCAGGAGGUUGUAUAUGUCAUGAAGGACGGCGCGAAGAAGUUCUUGUACGACAUCGCGGACUACGACGAUCGCAAGGUGGAGGACAGGACGGCGCUGGCGACUGUGGCCGAGUCAGACGACGACGCGGACGCGGCUGAGGUUGCGGCUGCUGCCGAGGCCGCCGUGGCCCCAAUUGCAGCCCUGCGGCGCGCCACGCAGUGCGCGGAGAUCGGUGCAGCAGAGAGCGCGCCGUCGGAGGGGCACCAGUCCGACUCUCCCGCGAGCGACGAGGACGCCGAAGAGACGGAUCUCGUGGCCGCGGCGCUGUCGGGCCCGCGGGGCACGGCCCGCGCCGCCAAGCCCGCGCCCAAGGCUGCGACCAAGCCGCAGGCCAGACCACCAGCCCAGACGACCGGGAGGGCCACGUCCGGGCGCCCCGCCCAGACAGCCGAGAGGCCUGCCGCCAAAGGGGCUGCCACGCCCGCAGCCGCUGCCCCUUCGAAGUGCGCCGCGCCCUCGGCGCAGGCGCCGCCGCAGAGGUCAGCCGCCCGCGCCCCUGCUCAGACGGCCGCGCCCUCGGCGCAGCCAGCCGACGGCAGCGGCGCCAGUCCGCCCUUGGCGACCCCGCAGCGCUCGGGCCGGAGCCAGCCAGGGAAGAAGCGUGGCAGCGGCGGUUCGUGGGCCGCGCCCCUGCUCGCCCAGCCGCCCGACGACUCCGACGAGGGCGGCGGGCAGCCGGACGAGCCAGCACCUCUCGAGGACGGCUCCGCGUCGAAGAAGAGGGGGCGGAAGGCCCUCGAAUUCAGCCUCACAGCGGCCGGCAGGAAACUCAAGGGCGAGGCCGACACGCUCUUCAACACGUUCCGGGAGUGUUACAAAUUGCUCGACUUCAGCGGAGAUGUGGACCUGUCCACGAAGGAGGGGAGAGCCCACUUCAAGGCCACGGCUUUUGAGCAGGCGGCAGCCGCAGAGAGCGCCAUCCACACGGCCAAGAAGGCAGCGGCCAAGAUGGGGAAGAUCCCGGAUGACGGCGCGCAGGCGCUGCAGAUCAACAAGGCGUGGCUGGCGCGCUCAGAGGAGGCGCUGGCCGCGGCAGUGCGGGUCGUCAAGGCUGCUGUGAGCGAGAAGCCAGGGAACACCGAGACUCUCCUGAAAGACACCGAGAUCGCCGCGGCGGAGGACAUCGCGUUCGGCGUGGCGUACCACAUGCGGUUCAGGAGCUGGAAGGCAGACGAGGCCAUCAAGCGCUGCGAUUGGUUACAGCUGAUGUCCCUGUUGGAAAGCGGUGCCGCAGAUGGCGCGCCCUCGGCAGAUCUCGCGACGACGACCCUCGAGCGAGUCGGCACGGGCCUGAUUUCGGCCGUCGCGAAGUCGGACGCCAAGAAGGGGGGCGGAUCGUUUGCUGCCGUGGUUGCCUUCGCUGGCGCCGCGCGGGAUGCUCUCCAGCGGGCCCCCGCCGACCCUGCGCGGCCAGUGUGGGAGGAGGAGCUGAAGGGUCAAAUCCAAGUUCUCUGGGCAGUGUCGCGCGCGAGCACUGCCCCGCUGACUGAGGUGGAGGAGGCGCUGGAGGCGCUCCCGCAGCUGGAGGGGGCCUUGGGCGUCGCUUUGAACACGAGCCCGGGCGGCAAAGUCCUCGUUGGUUGGGCGGAGUCGGCCAUGAAGAAGCGGUCCCACGAGGAGGCUGCUCUCCAGUGCGCCCAGGCAGCCCGGGAGCUCUCCGCGCAGGUGUCGCGCGCCUGCAAGAAGCAGAAGGAGGCCGCGUCCAAGGCGGGCGCGCUGCAGGAGGCCGACCGGCACCAACUCGCCAGGGAAGGCACGGCGUUCGAGGACGUGGUCUUCGGGUUGCUCUUGCGCUCGCCCCGCGAGGAGGAGCUCCUGACUGCCGCGUGCGUCGAGCGGCUGGAGUUGGAGCACGGCUGGUCGACCGUCGAGGAGUGGGCGCCUGAUGGCAUCAAGGGCCCCCACGAGACCGCCUUCGGGGCAUUGAAGAAGAUCGCCGACAUCGCCGCGUGCAGCCGUCUCGACGUACCUGGGAUGAAGCAGCCAGUGAAGACAGCCAAUCGGUUGUGCGACCUCUUGAAGGAGAGCCCCGAGGCGUUGUUGAAGGUCUCUGGCGUGACAGUGUCUGCGGAAGACAACGUAGAGGGGCUGCAGUCGCUGUUCUCCCUCGCGCUGGGCACGGCGGCGCGCGUGCGCAGGGCCUUGGGCCACGGCGUUCUGGCCAGAGCCAAGGGCGCAGCAGAACAGUCUCUGAAGCGCGUGGACUCGGCGGCGUGGCAACGGAAGGAAUUGCAGGCCUUCUUGAAUAUCUCCAAGCUGCUGAGCGCGGAGCCGCCCGAGGACACCUGGAAGGAAGCGGACAUGUGGCUGUGCAGCGUCGCGGCCGUCGCCGACGCCAAGGAGCUUGCCGAGCAGGCCGGGGGCGAGCUGAACCUGGAGCUGUGGGAGAACGCGAGCGACGCCGUGCGCCAGCUCGGGGACAUGGUGCAGCCGGAGCGCGCCUUCCAGACGGUCAUCGCGAAGACUUUCGACGCUUCUCUGGAAGAUGUGGAGGCAGCAGUGGGGGCCAGCAAGGAGCUGCACGCGCAGGCCGUGCCAUGGCUGGAGAAAGUCGCGCAGGAGCGGGCUGAACGCUCCGUCAAGCGGUUCGACGCCGAGCCAGCCGUGCGCGCCGCGAAGGAGCUUCUUGAGAGGAGCCCCAUCCCCGAGACGCUGCAGGAAGCGGCCGAGUUCUUAAAGGUUGUCGGUGGCACCGUGGACAUGCCGGAGACCUUCGGCGGCAAGGGUGGGAAGAUGGUUGAUGCUGUCAACAAGGUGAUCGGUGGCUUCUCUCUCAUAAAGGAGGUGUACCGCGACCCCCAUCUUGAGUCGCAGGUGGACUCCAUGACGUCACAGUUGCGACAGCGGCUCUUCCUGGUCGCCUGGUGCGCGAACGUGACGUCGUCGAUUUGGGAGGCGAAAGGCCAGUCGAGGAUUCUGACCCAGCAGAAGCAGAAGGUCCGCGAUGCCAUGAAGAACCUCAUCAGCGUCGCAGAGGAGCCUGACAAGACGAAGGAGGAGUUUCCCGCGCUCGAGGGCCGCCUGAUCCCCGAGAUCCUUCUGAACGCGGGGAAGGCGAUCCUCGCCGGCCGCGCAGUGAGCGGGGAGAGCGAGGCGGAGGGCGCCAGCGGUGCAGCAGACAGCGCGCCUGGGAGCGGGGCCGGCGGCACUGACCAGAAAGGGUGCGCCCGGGCUGCGCCCGGGGCCGCCAAGAGGGCCAGGGUGGGCGACGCGGCGUCGUUUCCAAAGGCGACGCCGCAUUCCCCAGCGGUUCUGGCGGCGAAGAGAGCCAGCAUUGGCGGCGCCCCUGUGCGCAAGUCCGCGCGCAAGGCCGCGUAG